UUGCACCCCAGCAUUCCGGCCAUGGCAACAGCCGAAGAACUUCUUCAGGAACUGGAGCGAGAAAGAGCAGCCAGACAGGAGCUCGAAGAAGCCCUACAGAAAGCGGCUGAAUAUGGCUGUCAGCUCAGUGCGCAGGUGCAGGAGCAGCAGCAGACAAUCCUGGAGUACAGAGAAAAGGUCCAAAGCUUUGAAGAGACUCCAUCGGUGAAAAGUCAGGCGCAGAGCUUUCGCAGGAUGUCGCAAAGUCGUCGCGCAAGCACUGUCGCGUUUGGCUCCGAUACCAUGAGCAAGGUUGCUUUUCUGCCUGGAAGUGCUGACAGCGAUGAUGAGGACAAAAAGCGGCCGGGCAACGCGACGCAACGCCGAGGUCGUGGAGGAAAAACGAUGAUGGUCGAAGAUUUGAUGCAGCACAACCAGUCGUUGGAGGAAGAUGUGAGGCGGUUGCAGCAAAAACUUGAGGAGCAGGAGGAUUCAGAUGAGGACUCUGACGAAGGACAGCUCAGACCAAAGAGACGUUCAAGGAAAGGUUUAAGACCCGACCAGUUUGAGGGUCACAAUGAAGAAGAAGUUUGGGUCGAAGAAGACUCUGAGGUGCAGAUCAGCAAUCUCCGGCAGCAACUGCAAGAAGCUCGGAAGGAGUUUGCUGCGAAACAGAGGGCCCUGGAGGCGGAGGUGGAUGCAAAGAAGCAAGAAAUCCAGGAACAUCGACAGGCCGAGCAGGAAGCCAAAGCAAGUAACUCACAAAGUGUGGCGAAGUUAAAGGCAUUGCAAAAGCAGUGUGAAGUACUCGCAGAAGAAAACGAAGAAGCUGAAAAGCAGCUGCGGAUGGCGAGAGAAAAAGAGCAUGAGUUGACUUUGCAGCUGGAAGAGCAGACGCUAAGAAAUGAGGCCCGGCAUUCCCGUCGAUGGAUGCCAACAGCUUGUGAAGAAGCACUACGCGGGGCAGCCGGAGCGUCUUUGGCCGAUGAGUUCCAGGAUAUGGAAGGAGGGGAGGACCGGGAGGACAAUGAGUCAGAAGUGCAUGAGGACCAGUCACAAGAAGGUGAUGCGGCCAUGGCCAAGAUAGAAACGCUGCAGCUGGAACUGGAGAAUGCCAAGGCAGUGGCAACAAAAGAAAGGCAACAGGUCGAAGAAAGACUUGCAACCUCAGAGGCUCAAGCAGCAAAAGAGAUCCAGCAGCUUCAAGAAAAGCUUGAAGCAGCGAAGGCAGAGACAGCAGCUGCACUACAGCAGAAAGAGACAUUGCAGGAGCACUUGCAAGCGGUGAUGGCCGAAAGUUCCAAGCUUCGGAAGGAGCUCCAGGUGUUGCAGGAAUGCAAGGAGGUGAGAAUUGGAGAGGAGAGGUCUGAAGAAGAGGAAUCGUUUUGGAGCAGGGUCAUCAGCACCAUCGCAUGUGCUCGAACUCCUUCGAAGCCAAACACCAGCGCACGUCAUGGGAGUCCAGGUAGUCCAAGCAAGGAGUCUGUGCGCCUGGCAAUUCCAGAAGCGGCUGAGCAGGCCAGCACUGGGAAUGAAGGAGGACUGACUGAUACCUCGUGAUAGGUACUGGUUGUAUGUGUUUUGUUGUGGCACCUGCUGGUUCUAUGCCGAAACUGCUGGCUAGCGUGCCUUGUUUUUGAAGUCUUGGGAAGCACAUUUGUUUGUUGCCUAGUUCAGUCUAUGUCCUCGAUGUAUAUUGAUGCAAUUUAACUUAGGUACAUCCUCACAAUCCGACUGAAGUCGUUUGUCCAUGAAAUGGCAGAAAGCCACAUGGUGUCUCACACUAAAGAGCAAAGGCCUCCAAUAACCCGUGCGAAAAGUCCAGAA